GGAGCAUCUCUCUAGAGAUUCUGGGAGACUUUCGGAUUCUGGGAAAAUCUCCCCAAAAAUUCUGAAGAAAUUGCUCAAAAGAUUCAGGAGGACUCUCGCCGGAGAUGCUGUUGGAAUCUCUCCAGAGGCUCUUGAGAAAUCUCUCCAGAGCUUCAGAAGGAAUUUCUCCAAAGAUUCAGGAGAGAUUCUCCAGAUAUUCCGGAGAAAUCUCUCCAGAUUCUGGAGGAAUCUCUCCGGAAUUCCUGGAGAAAUAAUGAAAUAGUAAAAAAAAUAUUGGUCAAACUUCUGUACUACUUAUGAACUACAUAGAGCUACAAGUGAACUCGAUUACAGCUAAAUUUUAACGGUACUGAUUGAAACUGGUGCUGGCAAUUAUCAUCCGCCCUGUACAGUAAAUAGCCCGCCCUUUACCAGUACGACUCCUUGGAAACCUUCAGGAAAUUCUGCAAUUCCACGACGUGUCCAUCCCGGCCAGCGGCAGCGUCAGCCGCCAGUAGCCUUCCGGAAUCACCUGCAGCAACCUUUCUGGCUUGAAAGUAAAGUGUUUGAUCCAUUAUUCAGAAGGCCGGCAGUGGGCAUACCUAAUCCUUACCAAAUCACGGGAAGUUUGUGGUCUGCUCGAACAGGUCCUGGUACUCCCGGAAGUUAUCGUUCAAAGCCCACAAAAACGACCUCUGGGCGAUCUUCAACGGGUACUUGUAGAACUGAUUGUUCUCCAGCCGACGUGGAGUGCGAAGUUCUGUACGACUUUUCUCGAUCAGCUGUUCGGUACACAGGGUGAUGCCAUGUUUGAUCUGGCAUGUUCUUGUGGAAUUAAUUUACUGAUUCUAUCUGAUAUCAAUUGGACUAACAUGCAUGAAGUAACAUCAUCUAGUGGCCUGCGCUCUCAUUAUUCGACUGAACUUGAUAGUGGCAACACGCAAUGCACCUCUUUAGCCUCUCCUUUCUCAUUCCAAUGGUUGUUCUUCUAGAAGGAAUCCACUCACUGGACAUUGCCGAUGUAAGUAUCCAACGGGUCGAGCAAACCGCCGGUUACGACUUGGUCAAAUCAGCUCUCCGGGUCACCAAGUUCAACCGAACGUGCGCCGUCGUCAACGGCACCUUGGACUACCUCGUCGACUUGGACAACAGCUUCUCGUUCCAGGUGAAGAGCGCCUACAGCCGGCUGGGGAACAACCAGUUCAACGAGUACCCGUUGAAGAUCGCCGAGAAGCCAUUCUGCUGGGCUGUGAACGAUACCUUCCGGGAGCAUCAGGACCUGUUCGAGCAGACCACAAACUUUCCGCGGGUCGGCAAGGACUGGGUAUGCCCAGUGCCGGCCGGGCAGUAUUGGAUCAAGCACUUUACAUUCAAGCCGGACACCUUGCCGCAGGUGAUUCCGGAAGGGUACUGGCGUCUGACGCUGCUGCUGGUCGGGAAGGACGGUCGGCAGGUGGAGUUGCAGAUUUUCAUGAAGGUUUCCAAGGAAUCUUAUUGGUAAACUGCGGGAACUUGCUGCACAGGACGGAUAAUAGUUGCUGAUAAACGUAUCAUUAAAAUAUAGUCGAGUUUACUAGCAGCUCUGUGUUUUUUAUAAGUAGUAUUGAAGUUACGAUUAAUAUUAUUUUGUCAAUUAUAUUAUUUCAAUGAGUUUCUGCAGAAUUUCUGCCAGAAUCUUUGGAGAUGUUCUUUUUAC